AUGAAGCCUGAGUCGGGGCAGGCCCUCUUCCAUGUGGCCCUGGCCAGCUGCUUCUGCGUGGCCACUGUCCACACUGGUAUUUUCGAAUGUGUCUCUGUCCAAGUGGGCUAUGAGCACUAUGCGGAAGCCCCGGUCACCAGCCUCCCUGCCUUUCUGGCCAUGCCCUUCAACUCCCUUGUUAACAUGGCCUAUGUGUUCCUGGGGGUGUACUGGCUGCGGAGCCAGGCCCGUGCCCCAGGAGGCCCUGCAGAGAAGUGGAGGGCUCGCUACCUGAAGGACGUCUUCGCAGGCAUGGCCCUGGUCUAUGGCCCGGUCCAGUGGCUGCGCAUUGGGAUGCAGACACGGCCCACCGCCGUACUGGACCAGUGGCUCACCUUACCCAUCUUCGCGUGGCCGGUGGCCUGGUGCCUCUGCCUGGAUGGGGGCUGGAAGCCCUGGCUUCUCCUGGCUGUCGAGGGCCUCUCCCUGUGCAGUUACAGCCUGGCCCUGCUGCACCCCCGUGGGUUUGAGCUGGCGCUGGGCCUGCACAUUGCAGCUGCCGUGGGCCAGGCCCUGCGCACCCAGGUGCGCCACGGCAACUCUUCCUCGGGAAUGUACUUGGCUCUGGGCGUGCUCUCCUGCCUGGGCUUUGUGGUCCUCAAGCUAUGUGACCAUGAGCUCGCACAGUGGCAUCUCUUCCAGCAGCUCACGGGGCACUUCUGGUCCAAAGUCUGUGACGUGCUUCAGUUUCACUUUGCCUUCCUGUUCCUGACCAGCUUACAUACCUGCCGAAGGUGCCCACCUGCAGAGAAGAUGCGUUCAAGUGUGGGAAGAAGGGGCUUAUGACCACUAACCCUCUCCCCAGCGUCUACAUGCACUAACUGAUGGCAUUCUGUCAUCAGUGCUCAGUGUCCUUGGUGUGAUGACAUAGGGUGAUGACACGGAAGACUGUCCCUGCCUUCGAAGUUACAGGCUUCAGUAUUAUGAACAUGAGUAUUCAAUUUUGUGAAAUGUUAUGCUUUCUGCAACUUACUUUCAAAGGCUUAGAGCAAAU